UACCAGGAACACUUAAUUCGCAAGUUUCAAUCUUCACUGGAUAAAGUGCACAAGAGGAAUUUCUCUCAACAAUGUGCUUCUCAUUAUUCUGAACUACUAAAACAAAACUUUAAAACACUCUGACAAAGUAGAUCAUUAGUUUUGUUAACGUUUUUGAAAACGUAAUCCAAAGCGGCAAGUGUUUUAAGUCCAAGGACAUAAGACUUUUACAUUAAUUAAAUUGCAAAGAUGACAGUCAAAAUUUUCCUUUGGCUUCUUUCAUUCAUUUUGUUCCUCUGCAUCGUUUCUCCAAGCUACAGCCGGGUUCAGAAAGCACCUCGGAGAAGGGGAACCGCAGGAGGAGUUAAUAUUCUGAAACUCAUGACCUGCUGUGAUGAUCUUAAAGAGCUGAAAAUCCAGGUGGCCAACCUGACUAGCAUUCUGGCUGAGCUUAGUAGGAAACAGGAGACUGACUGGAUAAAUGUAGUCAUGCAAAUGAUGGAAGUGGAAAAUGGCUAUCGGCAGAUGGAAUCUCGUAUUACAGAAGCUGAAGGAAAAUACUCUGAAGUCAACAAUCGGAUAGACAUUAUUCAGCUUCAAGCAGCCCAAACAGUUACACAGACAUCAACAGAUGCCAUCUAUGACUGCACAUCACUAUAUCAGAAGAAUUACCGAAUAUCUGGAGUAUACAAGUUACCUGCCGACGAUUUCCUGGCAACUCCAGAAUUUGAGGUAUACUGUGACAUGGAAACUGAAGGUGGUGGUUGGACUGUUAUACAACGUCGAAAAGUUGGACUAAGCUCUUUCUACCGUGACUGGAAACAGUACAAGCGAGGGUUUGGCAACAUCCGUGGAGACUUCUGGCUGGGCAACGAUCACAUUUUUCGGUUAACGAGGCAGCCAAGUAUACUGAGAAUUGAUAUGGAGGACUGGGAAGGACAUACUUGUUAUGCAGAAUACGACUACUUUUCAAUCAGUGAUGAAUUGAAUAGCUACAAAUUAAUAAUUGGAAAUUACAAUGGAACAGCUGGACGAGAUUCACUCAGAUACCACAAUAAUACUGCCUUCAGUACAAAGGAUAGAGACCAUGACAAGUGUGUGGACAACUGUGUACAUUUCCGCAAAGGUGGUUACUGGUACAACUGUUGCUCAGAUUCUAAUCUGAAUGGAGUUUACUAUCGUCAAGGAGAGCACACUCAAAACUCUGAUGGCAUCACAUGGUAUGGUUGGCGGGGUUCAAGUUACUCACUAAAACAAGUUGAAAUGAAGAUUCGACCUCAAAGCUUCAAGCCCUGAGUACUUGACAAUUUGUGACUUCAUAAAUGGGAAAUUUAACAGUUAGUAAUGCAUUUUCUUACUAAAUUAUGGAUUGAUGGAUUUUUCAAUGCAAAGCUUUUGAGAAAAUCCUUUCAUCCCUCUGCUAAAUCAUUCACACACAAUUAGAUGUCUGAAAAUAAUUACAAAAUUAA